AUGCGGUUCCUGCGGCUUCUCGCAAGCCUUUCGAGCGUCCUAGCCGCGGUCGGGGCAGUCGACAACGGAUUGCAGAAAGACGUCACCUGGGACAAUGGUAGUCUUCUCGUCAAUGGCGAACGCGUCAUUGUUAUGAGCGGCGAGUUCCAUUAUCAACGUCUGCCAGUACCAGAGUUGUGGCUCGAUGUUUUCCAAAAGUUCAAAGCCCAUGGCAUGAACACCGUCAGCUUCUAUUUCUUUUGGUCGUAUCAUUCCGCAUCUAAGGGCAACUACGAUUUCACGACCCCCGGCAAAGACAUUCAACGUCUGUUCGAUCUUGCAAAAGAAGCUGGACUAUACGUCAUUGCGCGUCCUGGUCCAUACUGCAAUGCAGAAACGAAUGGAGGAGGUUUGGCAUUAUGGGGAAGUGAUGGCAGUAUGGGCAGUCUCCGAACAUCGGACGAAACAUAUUAUCAGGCGUGGUCCGAAUGGAUUGCUCAAGUGGGAGCCAUUAUCGCCAAGAACCAAAUCACCAACGGCGGUCCAGUCAUUCUCACACAAGUUGAGAAUGAGCUACAGGAAACCAAGUAUGACCCCGAGAAUACUCUUGUCAAAUACAUGAUACAGAUUGAAGAUGCCUUCAAAGAAGCUGGCUUGAUCGUGCCUACUACGCACAAUGAAAAGGGCUUCCGCAGCAAGAGCUGGUCGUCAGAGUACAAUAAUGUCGGCGGGGCGGUCGACAUUUACGGUCUUGACAGCUAUCCUGGUGGCAUGAGCUGCACCAAUCCCGAUUCUGGUUUCAAUCUCCCAUAUACCUACUACCAAUGGUUCCACGACGUAUCCCCUUCUCAGCCUCAAUAUCUUCCCGAGUUCGAAGGCGGGUAUUUCCAGCCAUGGGGCGGCUACUUUUACGACACGUGCCAGGCUGAACAUAGUCCUGAAUUCGCCGACGUCUUCUACAAGGGGAUUGUUGCGCAAAGAGCUACACUACUUAAUCUCUAUGUGGCUUUUGGUGGCACAAACUGGGGUCAUAGUGGGGCGCCCGUGGUUUAUACAUCAUAUGACUACUCUGCACCAUUGCGGGAGACGCGAGAGAUACAAGACAAGUUCAAACAAUACAAGUUGCUGACCCUGUUCACCCGCGUGAGCCAGGGCUUGACUAACACGGUCAUGGAAACCAAUGGCACGGGCGUUGCCACGGGUAGCACUGAUCUUUGGACAUGGGUGCUAAAAAAUAAGAAGACAAACGCGAGAUUCUACCUUGUUCAACACAACAGCACAAAUUCGCGCUCAGUCACCGACUUCUCCAUCACAGUCAGUACUUCUAGAGGUAAUGUGACGAUCCCUGACCUGCAGCUCGCGGGUAGACAAAGCAGAUGGGUCGUGACCGACUACCCUAUUGGGAAAGAGACAUUGGUGUACUCUUCUGCGGAAGUUUUGACGUAUGGCCAAUCGGCUGUGGUCUUUUAUAUGCGACAAGGCCAGACUGGGCAAUUCGCCUUCAAGGGUGCUAAGAACAUAACUUUCAAAGCCUACGGCGCAGGCUCUGGUAUAAAAGCGACAGCCUCUGGAGACGGGUUCACGUACACCCAGGCCCAUGGCUCCACUGCUGUCGUCUUUUCGAACGGUGUGUUGGCGUACCUUGUUGACAUUCCCACAGCCUGGACCUUUUUCGCGCCUCCUACCACAUCCGACCCUAGGGUGAAGCCCGAUGAGCAAGUCUUCGUUUUUGGCCCUCAUCUCGUUCGCUCGGCAAGCGUUCAUGGCGACACCGUCUCCAUCGUUGGAGACAACGCAAACUCCACAACGAUUCAAGUGUACGCAGGGAAGCGAGCAAAUUCAAUAUCCUGGAACGGCGCCAAGCUCAAGACCGACAAGACUGCCUUCGGCUCGCUGACUGCCAGUAUCCCCGGCGCCGAGGACCGUCGAAUAUUCCUUCCAACUCUCACCGACUUUAGAGCCGCAGAUUCUCUUCCUGAAGCGUCACCUUCGUAUAAUGACGAGGAUUGGAUUGUAGCGAACAAGACAGCUACGAUGAGUCCAGUGAAGCCACUUACGCUGCCUGUGCUUUUCAGCAGCGAUUACAAAUUCUACACGGGCGCCAAGGUCUAUCGCGGCUACUUCUCCGGAAGAAAUGUCACGAGUGCAAACAUUACUGUCCAAGGUGGUGUGGCAGCUGGAUGGAAUGCAUGGCUCAAUGGCAAGUUCGUGGGCUACCAUCCGGGCAAUGUAUCACUCCAGUCGACCACGGGUACGCUCUCCUUCAAAGGUGUUAACUUGACCGACAAGGAAAACGUCUUGACCGUGGUCACUGAUUACACUGGUCACGACCAGACAUCUACCGGACCCGCUGGGGUUGAGAACCCACGCGGGCUUCUUGGUGCACAGCUGCAAGGCGGAACUUUUAGCCAAUGGAAGAUUCAAGGUAACGCUGGCGGGGAGAAAAACAUUGAUCCUGUCAGAGGACCCAUGAACGAAGGAGGUCUGUACGGCGAACGUAUUGGAUGGCAUCUUCCAGGUUUCGAUACAUCUAAGUGGGCAAAGGCCAGCCCAGUCACAGAUGGAGUCAAUGGCGCAGGCAUCAAGUGGUUCACUACCACAUUCAACUUGAACAUCGAUAGGGAUCUAGACGUACCGCUCGGCGUCGAGGUGGACGCACCGGCAGGUACCAUCGCACGAGCGUUGAUCUUCGUCAACGGAUAUCAGUACGGCAAAUUCGUUCCGCAUAUUGGACCUCAAACGCGAUUCCCCAUUCCUCCGGGAAUUAUCAACACGCGCGGUCACAACACACUCAGCGUGGCGCUGUGGGCGCAGACGGAAGCUGGUGCAAAGCUGAGUAAGUUGCAGUUGAUACAGUAUGGGAAGUACCAGAGCGGAUUUGGGUUUGACAAGAUUGAUGGCAAGGCUCUGCAGCCCGCGUGGAAGAACAGGAGUCAGCACGCAUAA